AUGAGUGGCCAGAAGCAGAUAACAGACUUCUUUCAAUCAAAGAAUAGUCCAAAGAAAGCCGCAACAACGACGACGACUACAACUACAACAUCUACUCCAACUAAAACAAAUAAGAGAAAGAAAGUUGAAGAGGAGGAUGAGGUAGAGGAAGAGAAGGCAACAGAAGUGUCCAAACCAGAGGAUGAGGUUGUGCCUGAGGCUGAGGGUGAUGCCGAGGGCGAGAAGGUGACCAAGGAUGAUGCCAAUGCUGAUGGCGAACAACAAGAUGAUGACGAUGAGGAAGAUGUCAAGGUUGUGAAGAAGAGAAGACAAGAAGAGGCUGAUAGUACACCAAAUGGAGCAUCUUCAACAUCAGAUGAGGGAUACAACAAUAUAUUGGAUCAUCUGACAGAGAAGGGAUGGAAGGAUGCACUCGCACCAGAGUUCAAGAAAGCAUACUUCAAGAAGAUCAUCACUCAGCUGAACGACGAGCUGAAGAAGCCUAAGGUCGGCCCCAUCUAUCCACCUAAGAACGAGAUAUUCACCGCGCUGAACCUGACGCCAUUGGACAGUGUCCGUGUGGUUAUUGUUGGACAGGACCCAUACCACGGCGCCGGCCAGGCACAUGGCCUCUCAUUCUCAGUCAAGAAGGGCAUCAAAGCUCCACCCAGUCUUGCCAACAUCUACAAAGAGCUGAUCAGUGACAUCCCAGGCUUCAAGGUGCCCAACCACGGCUUCCUCGAGAAGUGGGCCAAGCAGGGUGUGCUGAUGCUCAACGCUGUGCUCACUGUCGAGCAGGCCAAGCCCAACUCACACAAGAAGUUUGGAUGGGCCGAGUUCACCGACGCCAUCAUGAACCUUCUCAACACCAAGGAGAAGAUCGUCUUUAUACUCUGGGGUGGCGACGCCAAGAAGAAGGGAUCCAAGAUCGACGGCAAGCGUCACCACAUCAUCACGAGUGCACAUCCAUCGCCCCUCUCGGUCACCAAGUUCCUCGGAUCAAAGCCAUUCUCCAAGACCAACGAGUACCUAGAGUCCAUCGGGUCAACAGCCCAUCGAUUGGACACUUGA